CUUCAGAACAAUAGAAAAAAAACUCAGAGUCUAGUUUCUUUUCCUGCUUUUGCGGCUUCUCGCCGUCUUUGCCUGCUUUUCUCUGUGCCAAUUGGUGGCGCACAUUAAAGUGUUGCCUUUUAUUACUCUCUUCAUUGUUGCAGUGAGCCUUCAAAUUUGCAUUUAAAGCUUCUUCUAUGCACAAAAAGAGGAUUCUAUUGCCAUUAAUCUCUCUGCCACUUUUCUGAAAUUGCUUCUACAUAUUCAAUUACUCAAGCGGUUUCCUUCUUAAAUAAAGGGCUGUGCUUUGAAGAUAGUGAGAUAGAAAGAGACUCUAUAAAGAUCCAUAAAGUUUGUUUUUGAGAUAGAACAAUGUUGGGUCAGAAACAAGCAGAGGAAGCAAUAGUUAGUAGCAGCAGUUUCAAUGAGACAGAUCAACAAGAAGGAGUACUAGGAAAAGAAGAGGAACAAGAACAAGAUCAUUCAUUCAGUGUCAAGAAUUUUCUAUGGCAUGGUGGUUCUGUUUGGGAUGCAUGGUUCAGUUGUGCUUCUAAUCAAGUGGCUCAAGUGUUGUUGACACUGCCAUAUUCCUUCUCCCAACUUGGGAUGCUAUCUGGGAUCUUGCUUCAAAUAUUCUAUGGAAUUCUUGGAAGCUGGACUGCUUAUCUUAUCAGUGUUCUCUAUGUUGAGUACCGAAGUAGAAAAGAAAAGGAAAAUGUUAAUUUCAAGAACCAUGUUAUUCAGUGGUUUGAAGUGCUAGAUGGAUUACUGGGUCCAGUUUGGAAAGCAUUGGGGCUAGCUUUCAAUUGUACUUUUCUUCUCUUUGGAUCUGUGAUUCAGCUUAUAGCUUGUGCAAGCAAUAUCUACUACAUAAAUGACAACUUGGACAAAAGAACUUGGACUUAUAUAUUUGGAGCAUGUUGUGCUACAACUGUGUUCAUUCCAUCGUUUCAUAAUUACCGUAUUUGGUCUUUCCUUGGACUUGGAAUGACCACUUACACUGCUUGGUAUCUCACUAUAGCUGCUAUUGUUCAUGGACAGGCAGAAAAUGUGACACACACUGGUCCAAAAAAGCUAGUGCUAUAUUUCACUGGAGCAACCAAUAUACUAUACACAUUUGGUGGACAUGCUGUCACAGUAGAAAUUAUGCACGCAAUGUGGAAGCCACAAAAGUUCAAAUACAUAUAUUUGCUAGCAACUUUAUAUGUCUUCACCUUAACAAUUCCAUCAGCCUCUGCUGUUUACUGGGCAUUUGGUGAUGAACUUCUUAACCAUUCCAAUGCUUUCUCUCUUCUCCCCAAAAAUGGAUUUCGUGAUGGUGCUGUUAUUCUCAUGCUCAUUCAUCAGUUCAUCACAUUUGGUUUUGCUUGUACUCCAUUGUACUUUGUAUGGGAGAAAGUAAUUGGAAUGCAUGACACAAAAAGCAUUUGUUUAAGAGCACUAGCAAGGUUACCAGUGGUGAUACCUAUUUGGUUUUUGGCCAUUAUUUUUCCUUUCUUUGGACCCAUUAACUCUGCUGUUGGAGCUCUUCUUGUUAGCUUCACUGUCUACAUCAUUCCUUCGGCCGCUCAUAUGCUCACUUAUCGAAAAGCCUCCGCGAGACAGAAUGCUGCGGAAAAGCCUCCAUUUUUCAUGCCAAGUUGGACAGCAAUGUAUAUUUUGAAUACAUUUAUUGUGGUAUGGGUUUUGGUGGUUGGAUUUGGGUUUGGAGGAUGGGCUAGUAUGACAAACUUCAUUAGACAAAUUGACACAUUUGGGCUUUUUGCAAAGUGCUACCAAUGCAAGCCUCCACCACCACUAAUGGCUGCAGCACCACCUCCUCAUGCUCUUCAUCAUUGAAAUUACAACUUACCCACUUCAAAAUCAUACAAGAAUCUAGCUCAAGCUACUCUUUAUUGUAAUCUCUCAUGGGUCCCUCAAUAUUUUGUAACAUACAUGGAGGGGUAUAGUAGUAAUACUCAACCUUCAUUUGGUGUGUGUGCUGGCUGUGUGUUGUGCAAGUUUUUUUUCUUUCUCCUUUGUUUUAUUAUAUAGUUUUUUUUUCUUUCUUCUACCCUUUUAAGAUUAGUUGAUUAAAAAUAGUGUGGAUGAAUGAAUGGUUAUGAUUCCUUUGCUAUAAAUGCAUAGGCUAAUUAAAUUACAUGUGUUUUGGUAUCUUCCUUUAUUA